AUGAUCUGGGGUUGGAAGCGUACGAGGGAUGACGAUGAUGGUGGGAAGCGGGGGCAGGCAAAGAAGGUCAGAGCGGCUGGUCCCGUCUUUGAUCCCGGUUCAGGUCCUGUCAUGACACCGGCAUUUGCAUUGUAUUCGGCUCCUGCGCCCUCUCCGUUUGUGCCGGUUUUGUCACAGGAGAUCAGCAGCAGCGCAGCGGUUGCUACCUCUGCCCCAUCGGCAUCGACCCAGGCAGGUCCUACCCCUCCUACUGCGGCUGCGGCAUAUGGGGAGGCACGGAACGAGGUAUCUCGCACCGAUGGUGACCAGCAGAGUCAACAACGGCAAGCCAUAGUAGCCGAGGGCCUCGGUAAUAGGGCAUCAUACCAACCCGUGCGCAGUACCACCGCCACUGGUGGUAAAAAAUCCAGAGCGUGGCCUGCUACGCCUGCUCCGCCGGUUCGGAGUCCGUAUAACCUGCGGAAACGGAAGGCUUGA